AUGUCAUACGUAUUAUCAACCAAACCAAAGUUAUUAUAUCUUUCAAAUAAACAAUUACAAUUAAUAAGUAGCAGGUUAAUUUCAUCAACUUCAAGAUCCUCAAUAUCAUCAUCUAAAUUAUUGAAUAUAUCUAAACAUUUAUUCAAAACAUUACCUAAAAAUGAACAACAACAAUAUCAAAAACAAGGUAAAAAUGUAGCAUUGGUAUCUGGCAUAAUAAUCAUAGGAUCAUAUAUUGCAUUUAAUUUUAAUCAAUCAAAUUAUUAUAACUUAGAUACUUUACCCCUGUCAACAACAACUCAAUUAACUGCUUCAAAUACAUCUGGUUCUCAAGUAUCUUCAUUUUCCUCCUCAUCUUCCUCAUCCUCCUCAUCAUCCCCAUCAACAUCAUCUUCACCUAAAUUAUUAGAUAAUAAGAGUCUUUUUUCAACUUCAACUUCUUCAAUGCAUCAAAAAAAUAGUAUAAGUCAACAACAACAUAAAGAAGGUAUAUUUUUAUUAAAUGAUGAGCAAGUAGAUACAAAGUUACGUCAAUUUGAAGAAAGUUAUAAUGUAAAUAGAGGUAAAGGUGUAACUAGGUAUGAUAUAUGUCAAUUACCUUCGAAUUCUCCAAUAGAAGAUGAUAGAGCAGAAGAAAUUAUUCAAGUACCAAUAUUACAAGAUAAUAACAUCAAAACAACUACUGAUUGGAUGUUUUUUGGAGUAUUUGAUGGUCAUGGAGGUUGGACAACUAGUUCAAAAUUAAGAGAUCAGUUAAUAAACUACGUAAUAACAGAAUUGGGUACAAUUUAUAAACCUGUACAAGGUGAAGAAAAUUUAAGAUAUGUACCAAAUAGUGCAACAAUAGAUCAAGCAAUUAAAAAUGGAUUUUUAAAAUUAGAUCAUGAAAUAGUGAAUAAGAAUAUAGAAAAAUUAUUAACUGACAACAACAAGGCUAAAGCAGCUGAAUUAUUAAUGCCUGCAUUAUCUGGCUCAUGUGCAUUAUUAUCAUUUUAUGAUACAAAUUCUAAAAUUUUAAAAGUUGCAGUAACUGGUGAUUCAAGGGCUAUAUUGGGAUCUUUUAAAAAUAAUCAAUGGACAGCAAAACAAUUAAGUAUUGAUCAAACUGGUUCAAAUCCAACCGAAGUUGCAAGAAUUAUAAGUGAACAUCCGGAUGAACCGAAAGUUAUUAGAAAUGGAAGAGUAUUAGGAAGUUUAGAACCUACAAGAGCAUUUGGAGAUUGUCGAUACAAAUUACCAGCAUCAAUUCAAGAAAGAAUUUACAAACAAUUUUUUGGUAAAAGAUUACCAAAUCAUUUACAAUCACCACCGUAUGUUACUGCGGAACCUGUUAUAACAACUACAAAAAUAAAUCCUGAUAAUAAUGAAUUUUUAGUCAUGGCAAGUGACGGAUUAUAUGAAAUGUUAACAAAUGAAGAAAUAAUUGGUUUAGUAGUUAAAUGGAUGGAAAGAGAAAAAAUGGUAAAACCUCAAAAAUCAUUUUGGAAUUUUUUUGGAAAAGUUGGUGAAAAUAAAUUACCAGAAGUUGAAGAUAUAACAAUGGAUAAAGCUAGUAAAAAACCAAUUAGAAAAUCUGCUGGCGGAGGAAGUUUUUUAUUACAAGAUAAAAAUGUUUCAACUCAUUUAAUUAGAAAUGCUUUAUCAAAUGGUGGAUCAAAAGAACAAACUUCUAUGAUUAUUUCAAUACCAAACCCAGUAUCAAGAAGAUAUAGAGAUGAUUUAACUGUUACUGUUGUUUUCUUUGGUAAUGAUCAUUCGAGUGACAAGAACGACAAACUAGAAAUAAACUCCAAUGCUACUGCUGGAGGAGUAGAUGCAUCAAAACCAAAACUAUAA